ACAAGUUAAAAAGGGAAGUGGAAGAAGAAAUGCAAUUCAUUUCGCAUAGAGAGUGAAACGACGGCGUCUGAGACUGACAAUGUCUACUCCCGGUGAGGAAGAUAAGAAGCCCGGUGGUGAUCAAGCCGGACACAUCAAUCUCAAAGUCAAAGGCCAGGAUGGAAAUGAGGUAUUUUUCAGAAUUAAACGAAGCACGCAGCUGAAGAAGCUUAUGCAUGCUUAUUGUGACCGGCAAUCAGUGGAUUUUAACUCCAUUGCCUUUCUGUUUGAUGGGCGUCGCCUCCGGGUCGAGCAGACUCCUGAUGAGCUGGAGAUGGAGGAUGGUGAUGAGAUAGAUGCUAUGUUACACCAGACUGGAGGUGCAUUUGCUUAGAUGAGUAUGGUGCUUGGAUAUGUAUUAUGAAUUAACUCUAGUUACCAAAUUACUUGAGGCUUUAUCAGGAUGUAUCUGUGUUCACAUUUCCUGUUAUAUAACUUGCUAGAUUGAGUAUGCUUUAUGCUAUAUGUUUUCCCCCGUUUAA